AUGCACGUCAAGGCCAUCUUCUUCCUCGUCAGCGCUGCCGUCGUCUCCAGCUUUGACCUCGUUUCGGCUGUAGACCAGGAAUGCGCUGGUCAGCCCAAGUGCGUUGGCGUCGGCCACGACCUUGUCGAUAAGCUCACCUCGGACUGCCACAAGUUCCCCACAAUCGUCGCCUAUUACAAGUGCUGCAACGACAACUGCGCCAAAAAGGGUGGCAAGAAGGAUGACAAGAAGAAGAAGGAGUCUGUCCCCGAGGGGAACUCCGAUUCGAACAAGAACGCGAACAGACACUUGCGCGACUUGCAGGCUUAG